UUUCUAGUGAGAAAAAAAGACGACUUUUAUAUAACAUGGAAAUGGAACAGAUGGCAAGAACUGCAAAAGCAUUAAUGGAAGGAGUGAGUCAUGUUCAAGCACCAUUUACUUGUGCUAAGCAUUUAGAACAUGUUCGCCCAAUGUUCAAAAUGGCUUGGACACCUUUCUUAGCAGCCUUCAGUGUUGGUUUGCAAGACUGUGAUGAUCCAGAAAUUGCAUCACUGUGUUUAGAUGGAAUUAGAUGUGCAAUUCGAAUAGCUUGUAUAUUUAAUAUGAUAUUAGAACGUGAUGCUUAUGUACAAGCAUUAGCUCGUUUUACCUUGCUUACAGCUAAUUCACCUAUUACUGAAAUGAAAGCUAAAAAUAUUGAUACAAUUAAAACACUUAUUACUGUUGCACAUACAGAUGGAAACUAUCUUGGAAAAUCAUGGUUAGAGAUCUUGAGAUGCAUUUCUCAAUUGGAAUUAGCACAAUUAAUUGGAACUGGUGUAAAACCACGUUAUUUAAGUAGUGGUCAAUCAACAAUUACUGACAGUGGUGGAUUUGCUUUAGAUCCAGCAGAAUUGUCUCGUGGUGGAUUGGUAUUAGAUCAGAAGAAAAUAGCAAGUUUGCAAGAGUCGAUGGGUGAAACAAGUUCUCAAAGUGUUGUAGUGGCUGUUGAUAGGUUAGUAUCAUUAAUACUAUAUAGUCUUUUUACUAAUAAAUAUCAUUUAUAUUAAUGUAUUAACUUUUUUGACAAUAAGAAGUAUUGAAAAGAAAUGAAGAAAAA